AUGGGUUGCCCACAGAGAGAGUUUCUGUGUAAGGUGCUGGUGGUGGGUGACUAUGGAGUUGGCAAGACUUCAAUCAUACAGAGAUACGUGCACAACAUCUACUCACAGUGCUACAGAGCUACCAUCGGAGUGGAUUUCGCCCUGAAGAUUGUGAACUGGAACGCGGACACUGUGGUUAGACUCCAACUUUGGGACAUUGCAGGCCAGGAGCGGUUUGGUCACAUGACACGGUUGUAUUACCGGGAGGCAGUAGGUGCUCUUGUGGUGUGUGAUUUGGGUCGAGCAGCCACACUAGACUCUGUCCAACGAUGGAAGGAGGACUUGGACUCCAAGGUGUCUUUGCAGAAUGGAAAACCAAUUCCAGCAAUCCUCCUUGGAAACAAGUGUGACCAAAGCCUCCCAGACUCAAGUGCCAAAAAUCUGGAGGGGAUGUGUCAAGAGUUGGGAUUUAGUGAUUUUCAUCUGACUUCUGCAAAGGACAAUGUGAAUAUCGAUGAGGCAAUUUCCUGUCUGAUUAAAGAAAUGAUUGCUAAUGAGGAAGAUUCUGAACCCGCGAAAGACCCCAAUGUAAUUCAGCCAUCUCUGAGUCCUCUAAGAAUCCGUUAUGAAAGGUGCUGCUCAUAA